AGUCGGAGGAGUCACAGAGGACACUUGAGAGGCCUCCUCCUGAGCGCCUUGUGUCAUCACUUGUACCCUGAGCCUGCAGUGGGGGCUCACUGCUCUCACAGAUGAGGAUUCCAGGCUCAGAGGAGCAAGGGCUUCUCACAGCAAGAAGGGUGGAGUGGAGACUCAGGACCUCAAACCAGUCCACGUGUACUACUCAGCCUCUGUUGCCUGGAGAUGUGUGGGGAGCAGAGGCCAGAGCUGAGGGGGUUUACGUAGAGAAGUGGAGCACAGGCCACGGGAAGAGGAGGAUUACUGUCUGCAGAUCCCUGAGGCCUCUCUGGCAUUGGAGCCAGACUGACCUGGAAUCACCAUCCAGCUGUGGCAUUUGUAGAGUAAGUGAGCUUGAACAAUACAUGUAUCACAGCUCAGAGCCUCAGUCUUCUCGUCUGUGAAAUGGGGGCAGUGGCAGACUCUUACAGGAUGGUUAUGAGGAGUUCCUGGGUGUGAAGUGAAAGAUUUCAGCCCUGUACCAGGCAUUUGGUACACUAAGAUGAAGACAGCGACCAACAUCUACAUCUUCAACCUGGCCUUGGCCGAUGCGCUGGCCACCAGCACACUGCCCUUCCAGAGUGCCAAGUACCUGCUGCAGACAUGGCCCUUCGGGGAGCUGCUCUGCAAGGCUGUGCUGUCCAUCGACUACUACAACAUGUUCACCAGCAUCUUCACGCUCACCAUGAUGAGUGUCGACCGCUACAUCGCCGUGUGCCACCCCGUCAAGGCCCUGGACUUCCGCACACCUGCCAAGGCCAAGCUGAUUAACAUCUGCAUCUGGGUCCUGGCCUCAGGUGUUGGUGUCCCCAUCAUGGUUAUGGCUGUGACCCGCCCCCGGGACGGGGCAGUGGUGUGCAUGCUCCAGUUCCCCAGCCCCAGCUGGUACUGGGACACAGUGACCAAGAUCUGCGUGUUCCUCUUCGCCUUCGUGGUGCCCAUCCUCAUCAUCACCGUGUGCUACGGCCUCAUGCUGCUGCGCCUGCGCAGUGUGCGCCUCCUGUCGGGCUCCAAGGAGAAGGACCGAAGCCUGCGGCGCAUCACGCGCAUGGUCCUGGUGGUGGUGGGCGCCUUUGUGGUGUGCUGGGCGCCCAUCCACAUCUUCGUCAUCGUCUGGACACUGGUGGACAUCGACCGGCGUGACCCGCUCGUUGUGGCCGCGCUGCACCUGUGCAUCGCCCUGGGCUAUGCCAACAGCAGCCUUAACCCCGUGCUCUACGCCUUCCUGGACGAGAACUUCAAGCGCUGCUUCCGCCAGCUCUGCCGCUCGCCCUGCGGCCGCCGGGAGCCGGGCAGCUUCAGCCGCGCACGCGAGGCCACGGCCCGCGAGCGGGUCACUGCCUGCACUCCCUCCGACUGCCCGGGGGGUGGCGCUGCGGCCUGAACACACCUCUCCCCUGCACCCCUCCGAGGUAACCAUGGAGGCCCAGGGAGGUGGAACCACGAUCCGGGACUGGGCAGUAGAGGGUGUGGAGGCUUGGGCCGCUGGAUUGGUGCCUGGGGACUUGGGACUGGGUAAGUGGCCGCGAGAUGGGGCCUGUGCAGUGGGGUGGCCUCUGGAGCCAGUGAGGGACAGGUACCUGAUCCAGGUCUCAGGCUGGGCGGAGGCAGCUAGUGAUUGCAGGAGUGUGGGACCUGCAGCACUGGAACCGGGCCUGCUAACAGACCUGUGCAGUGGGCAGAGUCUCAACCUUGGGGCAGCCUUGAGUUCUAAGCCCCCGGGGGAUUUGAGGCAUCAAGAUCUGCUCUAGAACCUGACGAUUCUGCCCCUAGGACCGAGAAAGAGCAAUGGUGGAUGGUGGCUUGAAAGUUGAGUUGCAAGGCUGAAUGUGGUGGAGAGGAUCCCCUUCCCGGAGAGGCAGAGAGGCAGGACAAAGCAGGCUUGCUGUAACUCAGAGAGCCUGUGUGCAGGAGGUGGGGCCUCGUGUUUGGCAGAGUCCCAGCCUCGAGUUCUAGCAGCAGGUGGGGACUCACCGAGGUCUAGGUCCAAUUUGACAUCUUUAUAAAUAGAGAAUACAAAAGAAACAGAGAAGAAAAGGGAUAAACAACAUAACUUU